UAUCCUUGUGCAUCUAUGUGUCUGCACGCUUGACAGGAUAUAUCCAGCCUCUCCUCUAUUCUAUCUCUCUUUCUCUCCGGCUCCCUCUUUAUCACACACAUACACAGCUGCUGCUCUUUGCGGCAACUUUUACUCUCUCACACACACAUUUAAUACUCACAAACUUAAAAUAGGAUCAUUGCUGGUCCACUUUUCUGGUGCUGAGGAACUUGACAUUUAGCCUUCAUGGAGGAUUACCACAAACCAGACCAGCAGACAGUGCAGGCGCUGAGGAACAUCGCCAACCGCCUGCGGAUCAACUCCAUCAAGGCAACGACUGCAGCAGGCAGCGGACACCCCACAUCAUGCUGCAGCGUGGCAGAAAUCCUGUCUGUGCUUUACUUCCACACCAUGAAGUACCGCCCUGAAGACCCGAGGAACUUUAACAGUGAUCGCUUCAUCCUGUCCAAGGGUCACGCUGCACCGGCCCUGUACUCCAUGUGGGUUGAAACAGGUUUCCUCAAGGAGAGCGAGCUGCUCAGCUUGUGCCAGGUUGACUCUUCCCUGGAGGGCCACCCAAACCCCAAGCAGCAAAUUGUGGAUGUUGCCACUGGCUCUCUGGGACAGGGUCUUGGUGUCGCUUGUGGAAUGGCUUACACUGGGAAAUACUUUGACAAGUCCAGCUAUCGUGUGUUCUGCCUGCUGGGGGAUGGAGAGAUGUCGGAGGGUGCUGUCUGGGAGGCCAUGUCGUUUGCCUCCUACUACCAGCUUGACAACCUGGUGGCUAUCAUGGACAUCAACCGUCUUGGCCAAAGUGAAGCUGCACCCCUGCAGCACCAUGUAGAGAAAUACCAGAAGCGCUGUGAAGCUUUCGGCUGGCAUGCCAUUGUUGUUGAUGGACACAGUGUGGAGGAGCUUUGCAAGGCUUUUAGCCAACCACGUCAUCAGCCAACUGCCAUCAUUGCUAAAACCAUCAAGGGCAAAGGCAUUCCAGCUGCAGAGGAUAAGCUGGGAUGGCAUGCAAAAACUCUACCCAAAGACAUGGCCGAGAUGGUUAUGAAGGAUCUGCAGAGUCGCAUCAUGAACAGCAGCAAGCACCUGUACCCUCCGUCUCCCGUAGAGGACUCACCACCGGUCAGCCUGAGGAACAUCAGGAUGCCGAGCGCACCCAACUACAAGACUGGCGAAAAGAUAGCCACACGUAAGGCAUAUGGGAUGGCUUUGGCAAAGAUAGGCCGCUACAAUGAACGUGUUGUGGUCCUUGAUGGAGACACCAACAACCUCACCUGCUCGGACAUCUUUAAGAACGAGCACCCUAACCGCUUUGUGGAGUGCUACAUUGCUCAGCAGAAUAUGGUCAGUGUUGCCAUGGGAUGUGCUGCCCGUGAGAGGAACGUUGUGUUUGCUAGCACUCUUGCUUCCUUUUUCACCCGUGCCUAUGACCAGCUUCGGAUGGCAGCCAUCUCUGAAUGCGACAUCAACCUGUGUGGCUCCCACUGCGGCCUGUCCACUGGAGAGGAAGGCCCCUCUCUGAUGGCUCUUGAGGACGUGGCUAUGUUCAGGGCUCUUCCCACAGCGACCAUUUUCUAUCCCUGUGACGGUGUGUCUACAGAAAAGGCUGUGGAACUGGCUGCAAUCACAAAGGGUGUUUGCUACAUCCGAACCAGCCGCCAAGACAGCGCCAUCGUCUAUAACAGCAAUGAGGACUUCCAUGUUGGACAGGCUAAGGUGGUGUACCAGGGCAAAGAUGACCAGGUGACCGUGGUUGCAGCUGGAGUGACUUUGCAUGAGGCCCUGGCUGCAGCUGAACACUUAAAGAAAGAGAGGAUCUCCAUCAGGGUUAUUGACCCCUUCACAAUCAAACCACUGGAUGUCAAAACCAUCAUCGACAAUACGCGCGCCACAAGGGGACGAAUCCUCACCGUGGAAGACCAUUACUAUGAAGGUGGCCUCGGAGAGGCAGUGUCCUCAGCAAUGGUCAAUGAGCCUGGCCUUAAUCAGCUUCGUCUGGCAGUGUCUCAUGUCCCCCGCAGUGGCAAACCACAUGAGCUGCUCAAGAUCUAUGGCAUCGACCGUGACUCCAUCGCCCAGGCCAUCCGCAAGAUGCUCAGCAGCUCCACCAAUGCCAAGUAACUUGCUCCCUGCCCCACCCACUUAUCUGAUCUGAUAUGAAGAUAAACAAUCAAGUAUGUUUUAUUCACAUGACACCCAGCUCUUCACUGUGAAUCCCCCUAAGUAUGUACUGAAGUAACGUGAUUUUGUGCCGUACACUUUAAAGUAGAGUUCCACAUUUGUCUUUCUUUCUUUCAAACGUCCAUCUCAUCACAUACAAGAACAGAAAUAUACAAAUCCAAACAGACAUCCUCAAUCCUAAACUCAGCGUUGUCAUGAAUCCAGUUAAUUUAUCAAAAUGUGUCCAUAACUGGCAGUGAUGCUCACCAUGCAAAACUAUUCAUUAUUACAUGAUCAAUAUGCUCUUAUGUGUCUGUUUUUGUAUUGCUCUUUGAUUAACUUCAACUGGAAUGUUUUAUAUUGUUCUUAUGUAGCUCUUGGGUGGGGCAUUUUACUUAAUCAUGGUAGUUGUUUCAGAAAGAAGCCAACAGAGUUGUUGUUUGUAGAAAAAGUAGUCGAAAGUAGAAAAUCAAACAAAUGUAGGUAGGUUAUAAAGAGCAGACACUCAAAACCAUAAGUCACAUGUUCAGUUAAAUUUGGUUUCAUAAGUUGUUCCAUUUCUCUUUAGCACUGUAUUUUAAAAAAAUCUGAUUUAAAGUUACUAUCAACAUACACGCCUCAGUGUUCAUUUGUGUUAGCUGUACAACUGGACCAUACCAGCAGUGUGGCGAUAAUAACUAUGUGCUCAGUGACAUUGUCUUUUUUUACAUAAAGUGGAGGUCUUGAUGCCCUUCACGUGCUGAUGGAGAAUGUGAAUAGCUGCAACUAUGAAACUAGAGUUACAUAUGUCUUGUUAACCCAAGAAAAAACACUUUCUUUGUAACUUGAAAUUUUGUAUGUACCUUACUUUCAUGAAAUAA